AUGGCUAUCAAUUAUGUUUCUCUCCUUACUUCAGUUGUUGCCGAUGUGGGGAUUCAAUACAAAGAAACUAAACUACAGCAGCUCUAUCUCUCUCUCGCUCCAAGAGAAAGAUUAGGAACAAAGGAAAAACAACAUCAACAAAAGAAACUCUCCCGCCGCCGUAGAGGUUCAAAAUCUCCGUCACGUUCAAGUUCUAGCUCAAGUUCUGGCUCAAGUUCUAGGUCAUACUCAAGAGAUAGAGAUAGCAACUGUACGUCUCGAUCAAGAACACGAUCUCCGUCGCCCCCGCAGCGGCGGAGGCCAGGUUUUAAGUCGAGAACCAACGAAAGGAAGAGGCUGAGUUACACCACCCGGAAGGAGCCGAGGGAGGAGAGGGUGGUGAAGGCGACGGAGAGGACAAACUCGGAAAAGGAAAAGGCAAGUGUUUUGAGAAAACAGAAAUUCACUGACAUGGCAAACAAGGCCGUCUCGAGAUACGAUCGCGACCCGGAUUACCGGUUCCUCCACGAGCGCGUCUCGGAUCUCUUUGCCGCUUGCUUGAAAUCCGACCUCGAAAAUCUCAACUCUAAUGAGCUCAACAACAUCAGCCUCGCCGCCAAGUGGUGCCCUUCGCUCGAAUCGUCUUUUGAUCGCGCCACUCUCCUCUGCGAAAGGAUUGCAAAGAAGGUUUUCCCGCGCGAGUCGUGUCCGGAAUACGACGGCGUUUUGGAGCAGCAUUAUGCUUACAGAGUCCGGGACCGGCUGAGGAAGGAAGUGCUUGUUCCUUUAAGGAAGGCUCUGGAGUUACCGGAGGUUUAUAUAGGGGCACGAAAAUGGAGGUCCCUUCCUUACAAUAGGGUCCCCUCCGUGGCCAUGAAGCUUUACAAGGAAACGUUUUUUAAGCACGACCUUGUGAGGUUUUCGAAGUAUUUGGUUGAUGCAAAGGCCGGGAAGACCACCAUUGCUGCUGGUGCUCUGCUGCCGCACGAGAUCAUUGCCUCGAAUUCAAGAGGCAGUGAUGGCGUGGCGGAGCUUCAGUGGAAGAGGAUGGUGGAGGAUUUGGUGAAGAAGGGGCAGCUGAAGAACUGCUUGGCUGUGUGUGACGUGUCAGGCAGCAUGGAGGGGCUUCCUAGGGAUGUGAGUGUGGCCUUGGGGCUUUUGGUUUCGGAAUUAAGCCAAAAGCCGUGGAAAGGGAAGGUCAUCACUUUUAGUGAGAAGCCUGAGCUGCAUUUGAUUGAAGGUGAAGAUUUGAAGUCAAAGUGUAAGUUUAUGAGGUCAAUGGACUCGGGGUUCAACACCGAUUUUCAAAAGGUGUUUGAUCUGAUACUUAGAGUGGCUGUAAAGGGGAACUUGAAGCCUGAGGAUAUGAUAAAGAGGGUGUUUGUGUUUAGUGACAUGGAGUUUGACGAGGCUAAUCAUGAGAGUACUUGGGAGACGGAUUAUGAGGCGAUUCAGAGGAGGUUCAAGAGGAAUGGUUAUGGGAAUGUGGUGCCUCAGAUUGUGUUUUGGAAUCUGAGGCACUCUAUGUCUACGCCGGUGACGGAGAAGCAACCUGGGGUGGCAAUGUUGAGUGGCUUUUCAAAGAAUUUGUUGAAGUUGUUCUUGGAUAAUGAUGGGGAAGUUAGCCCGGAUAUGGCCAUGGAGUUGGCCAUCUCCGGCGAUGAGUAUCAGAAGCUGGCCGUGGUCGACUGAUAGGUUAUGUGGAGAAUCAGUUAGGAGUUGUAUAGAUCAAGUGUCUCAAGUUGCUGGAUCCUUUAUAAAGUAUAACAAGAGAAAGAAGUGUUAUAGUUUCAAUUAAACCUGGUAGUUAAUUUCCAUGUUGACAUUUUGUGAAAUGAAAUGAAAAUUGAUAAA